AUGUCGCUCUGCCAAGUGACCCAGGUGCUGCAGUACCGCGACUGGGAGGCCCUCGCCGAACACGCUAUCGCCACAGUGUUCGACGGCAUCCCUAGCGCCUAUGUACGAAGGCAAAACCUUGGCGUGAUAGGUCUUCAGCGCACCGAGGACCCCGUCGGGUCAAUCGACUACGCCGUCCUCUUCUACCCAGUAGGACCGUCGACACCGAGGUCUUUGGAGCAGCUCGCUUGCACGCCCGUCAGCGCUGCCACCCAGCCCUCUUCUGUGCGCAAAGGGGCCCGCGAGGUGGCCUGGGUCCGACCGCCGACCGAGGAGCUCCCGUCGACGCUGCGCAACCUCGCUCGUCUAGCCGAAGUCAGCCUAGCCUCGGUGUCGCGCCCGCUCCCUUCAUGCACCGGGGACAGCAUCGAGGGUACGCCCGUUCUGACUGCGGAUGCCGGAGACCCUCCCAUGACGAUGGGCCUGAUCUACGACUCGGAAUGCAUCCGCUUGGUGGCCCACAUCCCGUACGCCGUUGCAGAUGGAUACAACUAUCUGUCUUUGCUCUUCGACACGCUCCCUUUCCCUUCCCGAUGUGCUGGGAGCGCCGGUGCCAGUGAGUUCGUUCGAGGGCGCUACCGCGUUGCGCUUGCCCUGCUGGCCGUGCAACAGCAUAUCUUCCGCAUGGUAACGCGCAUGGAGCGUGUCGAGUGGCCAGAGAGCCACCGAGAGGCGCAGCGAUCGGCUAUGCGUGAUCUGCUCGUCGAUCGAUUCGCGGAAGUGGACGUGGAGAGCGACAGACCGACUUCGACGGAGACAUCGGACUGGGGAUUGUACGACCGAAUCACGACAGAGCAGAACUCGGAUACAUUUCAAGCCCACGAAGGCAGAAUCAAACAGUCCAACCCGGUCGUUAAAGCAUGGAUACUCCAACGAGACAUAGGGCGGUCGUCUGCUAGUGAUAACGUAGACGGUUUUGAAGCACCCCUUCCAGAGGACUCGCAGAGCCCUCUCAAGGGCAGUGCAUACACGUCAUUGACUACCAUUGGCCUUGAGCUUUAA